GCAGGAAGCAAGAAAAAAAAAAAAAACAUUUGCAAGUACAAGACUCCGCUGGCAGUGUGUGAAUCAGAUGGCAGACAAGCAGUAAAUCAAAGGAAACGUGCAGGAAAGUCUACCAAGACAAAGAGCAUCGAUGAACGAUAUCGACCGACAGAAAUCCCCACGGCUACGAGGGGGAGAUGAAUAAAAUGGAGCAAGAGAGUUUUGCUGAUAAAACUGACAAAGUUCCUCUGAUUCCCUCCAUCCAGGCCAAGGUUGAUCAUUUCCAACCCAGCUACACCGCUCAGAGUGGAGGAAACGUGGUCGCUCCCUCCUUCAUCGGUUGCAUCGUCGACCACAUAACCAUCGUCUCAAAUAGCCAAGGGUCAAUUGUUUCAUCCAAAGAAGCGUUGAACCGGAAUAUUGUCGACAGCUACGAUGGGAUUGCUCAAUGUCAAGAAACACUAAAAGCCACUCUGAAGAGGAAGUUCAGCCACUUGUGCGAGGGGAUGACAAAGGAAGCGAGCAAGAUACUGCUCAAUAAGAUCUACACAGAGCUCUACAUCACUGAGGGAGGAAUUGGGGAGGUCAACAAGGAGCACGAGGUGAGACAGAUCGAGAAGGCGUCCAGGAUACCUGCGGCCCGCGAGAAAUCCAUCCACUGCAAUCAGCUCUUCGAUCCUCCACCUGGACGAGACUCCCCCAUCAGAACUGUGGUCACAAGGGGAGUCGCUGGCAUCGGAAAAACCGUGUCCAUCAAUAAAUUCAGUCUGGACUGGGCCGAAGGGCGGGCAAACGCCAACCUGGCGUUUGUGUUUCCGCUCUCUUUCCGGGAGUUGAACAUGAUGAGGAACAACACCUACAGUCUGGUGGAGCUCCUCGGUCAACUUUUCCCCGAAACGAGAAACACGGGGAUCUUCACGCAUGGUGAAAACAAAAUGCUCUUCAUCCUGGACGGGCUGGACGAGAGCCGCCUGUCCUUGGACUUCCCCGGGAGUGAAAUAGUGUCGGAUGCGACGCAGACGACCACCAUCGCGAUGCUCAUAAUCAACCUCAUCAGGGGAAGGUUGCUUCCGCUUGCUCUCGUUUGGAUAACGUCUCGUCCGGUAGCUUCCAAUCUGAUCCCUCUAGAUUUAGUUGAUCUUGUGACAGAAGUGCGCGGAUUCAACAACCUCCAGAAAGACGAGUACUUCAGGAGGAAAAUCAGCGACCAGAGCUUAGCAAACAGGGUGAUCGCGCAUGUGAAAUCCUACAGGAGCCUUCACAUCAUGUGCCACAUACCGGUCUUCUGCCGCAUGGCGGCGAGUGUCCUUGAGAGGAAGUUGUCCACGGCAGACAGCAAAGAGACACCAAAGACCCUCACUCAAAUGUACAUACACUUCUUAUCCUUGUGCGAGAAGAACAUGAAGGAGAAGCUCUCCGGGAGGAGAGAGUCCAACGCCGAGUGCAUGAGAGAGAACCUCAUCUCGCUGGGUAAACUGGCCUUCAGGGAGCUCGAGAAGGGCCACCCGAUCUUCUACGAGAAAGACCUCAUCCUCAACGGUAUAAAGGUGGAGCAGGCGUCCAUCUUCUCGGGAGUCUACACGCAGAUCUUCAGCGAGGAGCUGACACUGUGUGAGGAGAAGAUGUUCUGCUUCGUGCACCUGAGCGUCCAGGAGUUCUUUGCCGCGCUGUACGUGUACCUCACUUUCUACAACGAGAACGAUAACAUCUUGAUCAAAAAGUCGUCUGCUUCCAGACUUUUCGCGUUCAGAAAGCCGUCAGAGGUCAUCCUCUACAAAGAAGCGGUGGAAAAGGCUUUGCGGUGCGAAAAUGGACAUUUUGACAUCUUCCUUCGCUUCCUCCUUGGCCUGUCCAUGGAAUCAAAUCAGACUCUGUUGAAGCAUCUGCUGACGGGCGGCAGAACACAACCAAGAACAAGAACGGAGGUCAUUAAACACAUAAAGGGGAAGAUCCGGGAAAGCCCGUCCCCUGACCGAUGCCUCAACCUCUUUCACUGCCUCAAUGAGCUGAACGACCACUCGCUGGUGGAGGAGAUCCAGCUCUACCUCCAACUGGACAGCCUCCACCAAACCAAGCUCACGGCUGCCCAGUGGGCCACCCUGGUCUUUGUACUACUGACAUCAGAAGAGGAGCUGAGCGUGUUCAAACUGAGCAAGUACACGCGGUCAGAGGAAGGUCUCCUUAGGCUGCUGCCGGUCAUUAAAACAGCCAGAGUGGCAAAUCUGCAAUCGUGCAAUCUCACUGGGAUCUGCUGUGAGAACCUGGCGAAGAGCAUCAACCCGUCACAAGUCAGAGAGCUGGACCUGUCCAACAACAACCUGACCGAUGCAGGAAUAGCACUGCUCUCCAAGGAACUGAAGAACAGCAAAGUGGAGAAACUCAGACUGAGGAGCUGCAACCUAACGCAGCACAGCUCCAAAGACCUGGCCGCCGUUAUCAGCUCAGCCUCCUGCCAGCUGAGAGAAUUGGACCUAUCCGACAAUGACUUCCAGGACGUAGGAGUCAAAAGGCUCUCUGGUGGGCUGGAGAGUCCUCACUGUAAACUGGAGAUACUCUCUGUGUCCCUGUGCAGAGUGACAGAGGAAGGCUGCACUUUCCUGGCAUCAGCUUUGAACUCGUCCCGUCUGAGGGAGCUGGACUUGAGCUACAACCACCCGGGAGCGUUGGGCGUGCAGCUUCUGUCUGCUCUGGAGGCCGACCCACAAUGCAGCCUGCAGAAGCUCAGCUUGGAGCAAUGUGGUGAAUCCAGGGUUCAGCCGGCUCCAAGGAAAUACAUCACCAAACUCACCCUGGACCCGAACACGGCACACAGGGACCUCACCCUGUCCGAGGGAGACAGGAAAGCGAGGCGUUGGACCAAGCAGCCGUAUCCUGAUCACCCGGAAAGGUUUGAAUAUUGGACUCAGGUGCUGUGCAGGGAGGAGCUGACCGGCCGCUGCUACUGGGAGACGGAAUGGAGCGGGAGAGCCGUCGCGGGAGUAGCCUACAAAAGGAUGCGCAGGACGGGAGAGGGUCAGGACAGCUGGUUAGGAAAGAACGACUGCUCCUGGGGACUAAGCUGCACCAAGGACGCCUACAGGGCCUGGCACAACGACACGAGCACUGCUGUGACCGUCGCACCCAGCUCCAGCAAGGUGGGGGUCUAUCUGGACUGGUCAGCGGGGACACUGUCCUUCUUCGCGGUGUCCUGUGGCGCACUGACGCCGCUCCACACCUUCCACGCGACCUUCACUGACCCCGUCUACCCGGCGUUUAGACUCGGCUGGGUGGACUCCACGGUGUACCUGUGCUAGAGGUUCCCUGCCGAGAACGUUAUUUCUACGAAACCCCUGAAAAUAAUCUGAAACAUCCACAUUCCCAUGAACAUCCCAGAAGUCGCUUUGUACACAAAUAUCAAAAGAAUGUAAACAAUGCAGCUAUAUGUUUUGUAUUAAAGACACAAGAACCACCAGAAAAAGGUU